CCCCUAGGCUGGGGACACCCCCAGUGCAGCCCCAUUACCCCUUUGGGUAGCACCUCCCCAGGGCUCACCAGCAGCCAGACCCUCCUGGGGGGCUCCAGAGCCCCCCCAGCUCUGCAGCACCCCAGAGCCCCUGGCUGGGGGCUCUCCUGCCCCUCCCCAGGCCCUGCUGAACCUGCCUUUGCAGACAGGCUAAUUAAAGCCCCAUUAGCAAAAGCUGCUCAGAGAGAUAAGAUGCUGCUGGAGCCUUUAUAGUACCAAACCCCGCUCAGCCCCCCCGAGGCAGGUGGGGUUUGUGCACAUGGUUUUCCUGCAGAAAAGGUGAUUUGUGCCUUCCCCAACACUUCCUGGGCUGCGGCACCAGCAGAGAGCGGGGUCUGGGCUGAGGGGCCAUGGGGACUGCAUGGCUGCGCUGAGUGGGUGAUGCUGGGGGUGGAAAAGGUCACGUCUGAAGGACACACAGGAACUGCCUGGCGUCUGAUCGCCAAUCCCAGUGCCACCAGUGCUCCCAGUUCCACAUGCAAGAGCAUCUCUGCCCCAGCAGGGUCUGCUGGGGGCAAUGGGGCUCCUGGGGUGUGCUGGAGACCACCCUGGGCAUGCAACCCCCUCUGCUCUCCCUCCAGCAGGAGCCCAGCGAGGCCCCGACCCCCAAGAGACCCCGUGGACGGCCGAAGGGCAGUAAAAACAAGGCUACCCCAAAGGGCAGGAAAGCUGCAGUCACACCAGGGAGGAAACCUCGAGGGCGACCCAAAAAAUCGCAGCAGGACGAGGAGGAGGUGAACAUUUCCCAAGAGUCAUCCGAGGAGGAGCAGUGACACCUCCCAAACCGGCGCUACCUCAUCGCCCGACGGCCCCGCAGCGGCCGGGGGAGAGGGGCGGGGAGAGACCCACCGUGCCGCCCUGGCUUCCUCCUCCUCCUCCUCCCUCCUCCGCUCCCUCCUCACCCUCAGACAACGGCAGCACUGGAAAAUGGCCCAACCCGGGCGGCCCCCGCAGCCCCCGCCCGGGGGGGGCACCUGCCCCAGCUCCCCCUCCCCAGCCCCGGGGUUCGGGGCAGCCCCACUGGAAAGGGCAGAGAGCCGGGGCUGGCACCCCCACCUUGGCUGCCCCCCAUGCAGUGAUCUCACCCCGCCAAGGUGGGUGCUGGCUGCUCCCCCCAGCGCUGGGCUCUGCCCCGGGGCCUCUGCAGGGAAGAGAUGGGGGGCAGUGAAGGUGAGACCCCCCCCAAAAUGCAUUAGACCUUUGCUCUGGCCUGCUGCUACCCCGGGCAGCCCCCUUUGUCCCCCCAGUCCUGGGUGACUGCACUGUGUGUGGGAGCAGCUCCCGCGGCGCUGCCGGGGCCGGGUGCCCAUCCCUGGGGUGCCAAUCCCCGGGGGUGCCCCAUCCCCGGGGUGCCAAUCCCCGGGGGUGCCCAUCCCCGGGGGUGCCCAUCCCCGGGGUGCCCGGGCACAGCUGGCUCCGGGCAGCCCUUUCCUCAUAGGUUCUGGUAUAUAUUUUUUUGUUUGUUUAGUACUUUUUUUUCCUUUCAUUCACAACUACCUCUGGAUAUUUAAGUUCCACUCUCUGAACUCACAGAGUGCUGCUGCGCUGCCGGGGCACCGUGGGCUCGGUGGUUCCUGUUUUCGGGGUGUUGCUGGAGGCUGUGGGGUAUUUUUUUUUUCUCCCUCCCCUUUUUUUUGGGCUUCAUUUUUCUUUUUUUUUUUUUUUAAAUUUGUUAUAUUGAGGUCUAGUUUGCUCUGCUGCUUCAAGGGAUCGAGGCUGGCAGGGCAGAGGAGUGGGGGGACCAUGGGAUGCUCCCCCUUUCCCUCUGCCCCCCACGACGGCUGCAGCGGGACCGGAGGUCGGUGCCGGGCGGCCCCGGCGGGAGAGAAUCGGGGUUUGGUUUGGGUUUUUUUUUUUUCGGUUCACUGUUAACGACCUUUUGGGUUCCUAUUUGCAGUUACUUGAAUAAAACAUUUUAUGGA